AAAAUCACUCGCGAGUGCGCGGAAGCAAGUGCUUCCAGAACAAUGAAAUAGAGGACGGUGUGCGAGUCUAUUUGAGAUCUAUGUUUGGCUUUUACCGCGACGUCGCGUUUGCAUUUCGUUGCUCCGGGUGGCUUGCAUCACCACUCUGAUUGUGGCCUGUUUUUAUGCCAUGGGUAGGACUUGGCUUCUUGAUCUGGAUGGAUGCGGUCCAUAACGACGACGGCGAUGCCACCUGAACUCCUCCUUUCCCUCAGUUCUGCCUGUCUCAGCGCGGGCGUGGAGGUCUGACUGGGCAGGAUUCUGCAAUCUUAUCCUCUCCACAAUUGUUGGCAUGCCUGCACUCGCCUCCACAUACAGAGUCACUGACCAUCCCCUCCCUGCCUCUCUGACUCUGACAGCAUCCACUACUUCUCCUUGGGAAAGACUUCAUUCGGCACUCGGAGAUUCUUCUCCCCCAUGGCCAUGCUCAUGGGUGUGCUGCCAAGCUCGGCGAAUAUCUUCUCGCUGGCUUGCCCGCGUCUAUUCAGCAAGCAACCCCCCGUCAGCCAGUCCUUCUUUGGAUCUGUUUCACAUAUUUCAAGAAGCAAGAGAUACUUUUUGCCUUGUACAAUUUAAAGUCUAAAACUAUAACGGGAAGUCUGCGGCUACGGUUGGCUGACAUUUCGUCGGCAUGCCACAACCCCCGUAAGCCACUCCCGGGGGGCGUUGGCGGUAGAUGGGACAGAUAUACCUCCUUUGCCCCCUUCCAAGAUAUCUCUUCUCUUGGUAUUCCUGCCAAAGCAACGAGUAAGGCCCAGCUACCCAUGGAGAAGGCCAGCUCCCAAGAUAUUUGGCAGUUACAAGCGUUACAAGACCCCUAAGCCUCAUGAUUCAGAACGGGUGAAUUGCAACACGGACAUUACACUGAGCUUGGUACCCCGGGUAUCUUGUCAUGUCGACUUGGUCUGCUCGGCCAUAGAGAAGAGAUGGUAGCCAAGAUAUGUGCACGGUGAGAGAUGGGGCUCAUGUAUAUAUCAUCACAUCUUUCCUUCGUCAGACCGUUUUGUUUCUUGUCCAUCAUCAUCUCUCAUUCUCCUCCAUCCACAUCCUUUUAGUUCCUAUUCCGCUUACUUUCAUUCCUUCAUCCGUCGAUCGGUAUUAUUUCCAGGGCCCGGCGCUCAUUUGGUCUUUAUUUAUCUUCUACUGUUUAACUUUACUCGAAUCUUUCUAAUCCUUACCGACGAAAUUUCUCGCGAAAAUCAAACACUCUCUUUAGACCAAUAUGAAGUCUUCAGCAUCAGCCCUCGCCGUUCUCUUCGCUACCGUUCUCCUCGAUAGCGCAUCUGCAUCAUGCGGUCAUGGUACUAGUCUGUUGAAGCGCAAGGUCAACUACAAGAGACAAGAAGGCGGAGAGGUUGCCAAGACUGUUGAGGUCGGACAAUUCGGAUACAUUGGAGCUGUUGGCCCUACCAACUGGGCUGCCCUCUCAGCCGAAAAUGGCGACUGCGCAACCAGCAAGCAACAGUCACCCAUCGAUAUUACCAACACUUCAACAACUAUUGUCGCACCAGGUACCCUCGACAUCAAGAUCCCCAAUGUCGAAGCCGCAGAGUUUGAGAACCUCGGUACCACAAUCGAGGUAGUGAUGGAAGGAAAGGGAGCCGAGACCGUAGUCGACGGAAAGGCUUUCGAACUCAAGCAAUUCCACUUCCACUCACCUAGUGAGCACACUGUCGAUGGAGAAUACUUCCCCUUGGAAAUGCACAUGGUGCACGAAGCUGCUGAUGGAGCAAUCGCCGUCAUCGCCGCACAAUUCCAGCUUUCCGAGACCGGCGAGACAACCUCCCUCCUAACCUCCGUCACCGAGAAGAUCGGCGCCAUCGCCGCCCCAGGUUCCGUCACAGAAACCGGUGCUCUCGACUUCGCACCCCUCGUCGACGUCCUCUCCAAGCAAUCACUCUCCACCUACGCCGGAUCUCUCACCACCCCUCCUUGCGCCGAGGGUCUCACCUUCUUCGUCACCACCGAGCAAUUGCCAUUGGACGUCGCAACCUUCAACCAGAUCAAGGCUGUUGUCGGAUUCAAUGCACGAUUCACCCAGAACACGGCUGGGCAGGACAACCUUCUUGCCGCUAGCGCAAAGACCGUUGCCGAGAUUGAGGCGAGUGCUGGUGCAGAGGCCGGAGCUGCUGCUCCUGUCGCUGAGGCUGCCCCUGUCGCUGAAGAAGCCAAGCCUGCUGAAGGCGCUGCAUCUACAACUACUGGCGGCAAUGUCAUAAGUGCGGGUAAUUUGGGCCAAGCGAGCGAGAUCGUCAAGGGUCUUACCGGAUUGGAUCUUGGUGCCAUCUUGAGCGGUAACAACUAAAGAGUCUUCGACCCGACGCGGUUUGCUUUGAUUUGAUUCUUUGUGUUUAAUGCUUUGGUAUUUUAUGUGUUGGAGAGGGGAAUCUGAUGUAUCGAUCGUGUGCUCCGGGGUUCUGUAUUGGGCUGGGGGCGUGGAGGGUGAAGAAAAGAUCGGCUGGGGGUUAAGGUUAAAUGAUUUACAAGAUAUAUGAAGACCAUUCAAUAGAUGUAUAGAUGAUGGUGGGGCAACAAAAUUGAUAGUUG